UAUCAUACCUUGCUCAUUCUGGGCUGGAAGUCCAGAGGGAAGUUACCCAGCGAGCAGUCGCCUCCAGAUACCCCCUGGGGCUACAAACACCUUCCUUAGGACUUAAACGUUUCUCUCUGGUGCCGAGAGCUGGGCAGGAUCCAGGGGGGUGCUUUCGUACUUCAAGCAAAACAAGAAGGAGCGGGCGUCAGGGAGCCUUUGGGCGUGACAUCUUCCGUGGGCGUCUGCGCGCGCGCGCCCGAGUGCGCCUCCAACGCCAAAAUGGGGGUUAAAAAUGGAGGGAGUACUAACGACCUCACGUCAACGGCCUCUGAACCCGGCCUGGAAAUGAUCGAGGCGCCGUCAGACAUCGUUCUGACGGAAGGCGAGAGGAAGUACCUUUUGUACGUCCAGCGGGGAGAUGUGGCUUCCGUCAGAAGACACCUGGAGGACUACAAGAACAGACCUCAGGAGCUCGACAUCAAUUGCACAGAUCCUCUCGGAAGAAGUUCCAUUGCAAUUGCAAUCGAGAAUGAGAAUUUGGAUCUGCUUGAACUCCUCUUGAAGUAUAAGGUCAAGCCGAAGGACUCCCUCCUCCACGCCAUCUCCGAGCAGUAUGUGGAGGGUGUGGAGCUACUCCUCGAGUGGGAAGAGAAAACCCACAAGAAGGGCGAACCUUACAGCUGGGAGGCCAUGACGCGCGAGACAGCCACCUUCACCAAGGAUAUCACGCCCCUGAUCCUCGCCGCCCACCACAACCACUACGAAAUCCUUAAGCUCCUUCUCGAUCGAGGGGCUUCCCUGCCCAUGCCUCACGAUAUCAGGUGCGGUUGCGACGAAUGCAUCAUAUCGACGGAGGACGACUCUCUGCGUCACUCCCUCUCCCGCAUCAACGCCUACAAGGCCCUGGCGUCUCCCUCCCUCAUCGCCCUCUCCUCGAAGGACCCCAUCCGCACGACCUUCGAGCUGUCCGGGGAACUGAGGCGCCUGCAGGGGAUGGAACACGAGUUUAAGACGGAGUACAUUGAACUUCGCCAGACCGUGAUGAAGUUCGCUGCCGAGCUGCUGGACCAAACGCGAACCAGGAGCGAGUUGUCGGUCAUGCUGAACUAUGACCCCGACGGCCCCGUGUGGGAGGAGGGCGAGGUCAACUCUCUCGCUCGACUCAAGAUGGCGAUCAAGUACUCGCAGAAGGGGUUCGUUGCACACCCAAACGUGCAACAGCUCCUCGGUUCUAUCUGGUACGAUGGCCUGCCAGGAUUUCGCCGCAAGACCAUGGUGGCCCAGUGCGUCGACAUUCUGAAACUGGCCUGCAUGUUCCCCGUCCUGUCGAUGUGUUAUAUCAUGAACCCCGGCUCCGAGAAGGGAAAGUUUAUUAAGAAACCUUUCGUCAAGUUUAUCUGUCACUGCGCGUCCUACAUGUUCUUCUUGAUGCUCCUGGCUUUGGCUUCGCAGCGGAUCGAGUACCUGUUAAUCGAAUGGUUCGGAAACGCCUGGUUACGAUCGCUUCUCGACGAUUGGAAGAUUCGAGAAAGAGGCUCCUUGCCCGGGAUAGUCGAAGUGUGCAUCGUCAUGUACGUCGGAAGCUUGGUUUGGGCCGAGAUAAAAUCCCUCUGGAACGACGGUCUGCUGGAAUACAUCAAAGACUUGUGGAACAUCAUUGACUUCGUGACCAACUCGUUCUUCAUGACCUGGAUCAUGCUGCGUGCCACCUCGUUCCUCCUGGUUCAGCUUGACCUGUGGAACGGACUGUGGCCGUGGUAUCCGAGGGAACAGUGGCAUAGCUUCGACCCCAUGUUGCUGUCUGAGGGAUGCUUCGGUGCCGCUAUGAUCUUCAGUUUCUUGAAGUUGGUGCACAUCUUCAGCGUGAACCCUCACUUGGGUCCCUUGCAGAUUUCUCUCGGUCGCAUGAUCUUCGAUAUUCUCAAGUUCUUCUUCUUGUACUCUCUCGUCCUCUUCGCCUUCGGCUGUGGUCUGAAUCAGCUGAUGUGGUACUACGCUGAGUUGGAAAUGAACAAGUGUUAUAGCUUGCCCGGGGGACUGCCUGAUUACGACAAUCAAGAACAAGCUUGCUUCAUUUGGAGACGUUUUGCCAAUUUAUUCGAGACCUCCCAGUCCCUCUUCUGGGCUUCCUUUGGCCUUGUGGAAUUAGACGCCUUCGAACUCACGGGUGUCGGGAGUUUCACAAGAUUCUGGGCAAUGUUGAUGUUUGGAUCGUAUUCGGUGAUCAACAUUAUCGUUCUGCUGAAUCUCCUCAUUGCUAUGAUGUCCAAUUCGUAUAAUGUCAUCUCGGAGCGUUCGGACACCGAGUGGAAAUUCGCCAGGACGACCCUCUGGCUCAGCUACUUCGAGGACGGUGGCACUGUGCCUCCGCCCUUCAACGUCAUCCCGACACCCAAGGGCAUAAUGAGGCUCUUCGGGUUGGGCGAGAAGAAUCAACAGACAGGCAGUCAGAUAUAUAAAUCGAGGAAGAGAGCCGAGCAGCGCCACAUGAACGUCAUGCGCCUGUUGGUGCGUCGUUACAUCACCGAGAUGCAACGUAAGGCCGACGAGAAGGGUGUAACGGAGGAUGACAUCAAUGAAGUCAAACAGGAUAUUUCGACUUUCAGGUACGAACUGAUCGACAUUUUGAAGAACAAUGGAAUGAACACUUCCAUGGUCAACGCUGAGGAAUCAGCCGUGGUGGGCAAGAAGGGCCGCGCCAUGGAGCGCCGCCUCAUGAAGGGCUUCAACAUCGGCAUGGUGGAGGGCAUCAUGACGGAGAUCCUGACGGCCGACAAGAAGCCCAAGAACAUCUUCAGCAAGCUGGCGCGCGCCAUCGGCAAGAAGAAGAAGGAGGACUGGAACUCGCGCGUGUCGCGCGCGUCGCUGCGCCGCGACCAGAUCGGCUCCUCGGAGACGAGCCUGCGGCGCUCGCAGACGUCCAUCAGGAGGCGCAUUCAGUACGAGAACGACAAGCUGCUCAAGUCCCUCAAUCCCGACGACAUCGCCGAGUACAACCCGAACCUGCGGUCGCACACGCCCACGACUCGCAUUGCGUACGCCAAGUUCAAGGUGAACACGCUGAGCCAAGGCGGGCGAGGCCAACCAGAAGCUGGAGCAGGAGAAGAGGCAGGAGCUGGCCGUCAAGCCGCAGUACAAGUCCCCGACGCCGCAGUCGAGCAGGACCCCAAGCCCCGCUCCCCCGGGGGCCAAGUCCCCCCCUCCCAGCGGCCCCAAGUCCCCCCCGUCCAGCCGCCCCAAGUCACCCCCUCCGAGCAAUCCCAAGAUCCCCCCUCCCUCUGCCCCGCCCACUGCGCCGCCAAGGUCCGGCCCCGCGCCUGGAUUUCGGAGCCCCCCGUCAGGCCCUCGUCGCCGCCCCCCGCCAGCAAGCCACCUCAACCCCCGGCCAGCAAGCCACCUCAAGCCCCAGCGAGCAAGCCCGCCCCUGUCAGCAAGCCCGCCCCCUCUCGCUCCCCGACCCCCUCUAAGGGCGGAGACGAUCCCAUCCCCGAAGGCAAGUCCCAGGUCACCGGCCAGCGUCGCGGGGUAUGA